AGCAUGGAAUUAUUUACCGUAGGCAAUAGUGUUGGUAUAGUACUAGUACUUGGUUGAUUGGCUAGUUGAACGCACACCGGUACCUAAAUUGUGCACAAAAUUGUCAGUUUCCCUUAGCCGUUUUCUGUACUGUAUUUACAGACCUGAAGAUUCCUUUUCUAUAUUCCGCUCUGCUGGCCGACCUUUAUCCAACAUGAAAUCGAAACGAUGGUACCGUGUUUCUCCCAUGGCUGCGCUGUUAUAUCUCAUGACGUGUGGCUCCAUUUUCACCGCGGCCUCUAGCGAUGCUGCGACCUCCCUCCAAAUUCGCGCCGCUCUGGAACCGGAAUGUCUACCAUCUUCUCCCAUGGCCACACCCCCUCCGCCCUCCGCCGCUCCUUGGGCGCAGUUGCGCAGCGACGGCAUCCCUGCUUCGGAUUGUCCCGAACUCACAACCUGUCUCGCUCGCUGCUCCUUCCCAACCGGGUGGCAAGACCGGCAGGAAAGCACCUAUAUCAACAUCCGCUGCUUCCACAACCGCUCCCAGACCCUCACCGCAGUCAGCCAUGUUCUCCGCGACCACCCCGACCGCGCCAUCACCUUGCUGCUGGCCGAAGACAAUCACCGCAUGGAGUCGCUGCACCAGGACGUCCUCCAGCCGCUCCAGCGGAACCUCGUCGACUUGGAAGUCAACUAUGUAGCCAGCGCCGCCACGGAGCGUCUGUAUAACGCCGGGACACUGCCCAGCCUGGUCAGUGUGCGGUUCGCCAUGGGACUGGAUCUCCGCAUCGGCCGGCGCGACUUCUCCCGGCUGCCGCAGAUCCGGCAGAUCAUCUUCGACCAACUGACCAUCGCCGCCAUCGAGCCCUACACCUUUACCGACCUCCCGCUGCUCGGUGCGCUGCAGUUGGAGACUGGGUUGGACUACAUGCUGCGCGAGGAACUGCCGAAGAAACUUUUCGGAGCGAGCAAAUACGGGCAGCCGCCGAAGCGGGAGAAGAUACUACACCACCUGUACGAACGGCACUGCGACUGCGCUUAUACGUGGCUCCGUAACAUGUUCCGCCGCGGGCCGGAACUGCUCAGUCGGCGUCGCGACGGAGAGUUGGUUAUCAUCGGCAACUACUUCCCCCGCGACCACCGUCAUUUUGGAGACGAUGGCGUCCUCUUGGUGGACUGCGCCGCGGGGAAUGCCAGCACCUUCUUCGAGUCGGGCACCGGUCGGGCGUUGGAGUUCAUUCCGGCACAUUUGUUUUCGCUCAACACCACCUGCCACAAUUUUGCGUGCUGAAUCAAUAGUCCCUCGAACAAGCCCACUGGGGUUGUCUCUUGCUUUUGUAUCGGAAUAAUACUUUAUAAAAUAAACGUAACAGGCAUAAAAAUAUAUCAUACGAUCAAGUUGUGACCUUUUUUUCAAAUUUAAUAUUCUGCGAAUGAAAGUGGUAACAGAAGAAAAGACAGAAAAAGAAAUCA